CUACGAGACAGAAACGCUGUUCAAUAGUGACAACCAUUUCAAGGUUAAUGCAUCGCAGUGGGCUUCAGUCAUUUAGGCGAAUAGGCUAACACUUAGCGCUAAUGUUUAUUAUUACGCAAAUUGAAGAUCAAAUACGAGUACUGCCACAGGACCUCACCAAGACACCAGUAGACGCCGUCACAGCUGUCAUUGAGCAGCGCUUCGUCGAUAAAGUCAUUCCCAACCUAGGGCUUGUUGUUACCAUCUACGACGUGCUAAACAUUGAAGGAGGCUUUGUCUACCCAAACGACGGUGCAGCCUUCUUUAAGGUCCAAUUUCGCGUCGUCGUGUUCCGCCCUUUUGUUGGCGAAAUCAUCGUUGGCAAGUUAAAAUCGUGCUCAAGGGAGGGGCUUCGUGUAUCUCUAGACUUCUUCGAGGAUGUCAUAAUCCCGGAGCACGCUCUGCAAGACCCCUCUUUUUAUGAUGAGGCUGAGCGGCUCUGGGUAUGGAAGUUUGACGGGAACGACAUGUACAUGGACCUGAAUGAGCCCAUCCGGUUCCGGGUGCACAGUGUCAAGUUCUCUGCCCCGCCGACUCCACUGCAGCUACAAAACGCUACCGGGGACGACAAGCUGCUAGGCACUGCAGCAAAGCCCUUCUCCCCCAUGGUAGUCAUGGGCGACAUCAACGGCGACGGCCUGGGCCUCACGACCUGGUGGUCCGGCUAAGUCGGCCAUACUCGCUCCCAACAGGGGCCGACAAGGCAGUGGCUUUGCACAGGCAGGGGCCCCCCGACAGGAGCAGAAGCCAUGCAACCCCCACACGGCACAUCAACAUGUUGCGAGCCGUGCGUGUCUUGGG